CUUGUGUUCUUGUACAACGUUCCUGCCGGUGAGGACAAGGUUCCUGCCCUUGAGGACAAGGUUCCUGCCGGUGAGGACAAGGUUCCUGCCGGUAAUGACAAAGUUCCUGCCUGUGAGGACAAGGUUCCUGCCGGUGAGGACAAGGUAGCUGCCGGUGAGGACAAGGUUCCUGGUGGUGAGGACAAGGUGCCUGGCG